AAUUGCAAAACAAACACAUCCUAAGAACAACCUUGAGCACUUUCAGACAGAGAGAGAUAGGGAGCUUCUUCUGAUCUUGGUUUCUUUGUCUCUUCAUAUAUUGUUUUGUUCGACGGCAUGGCACGUCUUGUGUUCUUGCUAACAUGUACUCUAGUUCUUCUAGCUUCGUCAGUGGCCUCUGCAGAAGUUGUGAAGCAUUCUUUCGAAGUUAAAAAUUUGACCGUUCAGCGGCUUUGCCACCAAAAUGUCAUCACGGCUGUGAAUGGAGGCCUUCCUGGCCCAACAAUAUGGGUUCGUGAGGGUGAUACCCUUGUCGUUCGUGUCCAUAAUAAAUCUCCUUACAACGUUACCAUUCACUGGCACGGGAUUUUUCAAUUAUUAAGUGGCUGGGCAGAUGGACCUGAAUAUGUAACUCAAUGUCCAAUUCACCCUGGAAAUAGCUAUACUUACAAAUUCAAAAUCACCGGACAAGAAGGAACCCUUUGGUGGCAUGCACACUCACAGUGGCUUCGUGCAACAGUUCACGGGGCACUAAUCAUUCGUCCAAGAGCUGGUCACUCAUAUCCAUUUCCAAAACCAUACAGAGAAUUCCCAAUUCUUUUUGGAGAGUAUUGGAAUGGUAAUGUUAUUGACAUUGAGAACAUUGCACUUGCAAACGGCAGUCCACCUACUGGUUCCAAUGCUUUUACAAUCAAUGGUCAACCUGGCGAUCUCUACAAUUGCUCUUCAAAUAGCACAUAUAAGUUAAAGGUGGUACGAGGAAAAACAUAUCUCCUACGUAUCAUUAAUGCUGCAAUGAAUAAUCAAUUCUUCUUCAAGAUAGCCAACCACAACAUGACCGUUGUUGCUGUUGACGCUAGUUACACUACUCCGAUGGUUACCGAUUACAUAGUCAUUGCUCCUGGCCAAACUGCCGACGUACUACUUACUGCGAACCAACAACCGGCAUCUUACUACAUGGCAGCACAUACCUAUGUUAGUACGCCAGGUCAACCUGACACUACCACCUCUACCACCGCGAUCAUCAUUUAUGAAAAUUCCACGCAAUCAACCCCACAAAUGCCAGUCUUACCAGCUUUCAAUGACACACCAGCGGCCCAUAAAUUCUAUAGUAGUCUGACUGUGCUCGUGAAUGCACCUCAUUGGAUCCCAGUCCCACUCAAAGUCGAUGAACACAUGUUUGUGACAAUAAACUUGGGCCUAAUUCCAUGCGAUGGAAAUGCCACUUGUGGAGGACCACUUGGGGAACGAUUAGCUGCGAGCAUGAACAAUGCGUCUUUUCAGUUUCCCACUAAGUUGUCGAUGUUGCAAGCCUUCUUCAACAAUGUUGAUGGGAUUUACACUACUGAUUUCCCCGACCAACCACCAUUGGUGUUUAACUACACAAAUUCAAACAACAACUUCAACAGGACGAUCAUAAUGACGUCAAAGUCAACAAAAGUAAAGAAACUUAAGUUCAAUUCAACUGUUGAGAUGGUUUUGCAGAACACUGCCUCGUUGGGUAUAGAAAAUCACCCUAUGCACUUGCAUGGAGUCAACUUCCAUGUGUUGGCUCAAGGGUUUGGUAAUUAUGACCCAAUAAAUGAUCCCAAAAAGUUCAAUCUUGUCAAUCCACAAGCACGUAACACCAUUGGCGUUCCGACUGGAGGAUGGGCUGUCUUAAGAUUUCAGGCAAACAAUCCUGGUGUAUGGUUGAUGCAUUGUCAUAUGGAUGUGCACUUACCGUGGGGUCUAGCAAUGGCUUUUGUGGUUGAGAACGGGCCAACAGCAUCAACUACGUUGCCUCCGCCUCCACGAGAUCUACCCCAUUGUUAAGAGUUGUUCAACAUUGUUGUUGUUUUCUUAUAAUUUCUCAUUUUUUAUAAUUCCUUUUGUUUUCAUUUUAUUAUUACGUUCCUAUUCAUGAAAAUUACCAUGUAAUAGAAGGGGUCAAGAAUUUAUUCUUUCAAUAGUAUUAAACUUUCAAUUGUUUUAA